GGUUCGGCGGCAUCUCCUGAGUCUCUCAACGCAUCAAUGGGGCGUCUCCCCGAAUACAACACCUCAGUUGAGGAUGUGCAGGGCUUGUUCUCAUUCGAUGGUCAGUAUAUUGAUGUGUCACCCCCUUACCCAAACUACCCCGACCAUAAGCCCUUGUCUUUGGGGCUCGAAGACAUGUUCCGAUGCCUGAAUCGGAGGGUCUCCGUGCGAUUCCACGACUCUAUCUACAUACUUCCUGGUAGCACAUCAGAUAUUCACUCUGGUUCCGUGCCGCCCCCAGUCUCUACGACUCUGGCGCCAGUACUCUCCUAUGACAGUGCUGCACUCUACCGCGAAGUUCACCGGCAACUGAGUCUACCGCCGCGGCCCUUGGUCAACAUCCGAGGGUCGCAUAUCCAGUCCCCUAGCUUCGGGCACCAACCAUAUCGACCUCGAAAACAUCGACGUCUCUGCCGACCGGAGUGGAAAUGGCGAUACGAGACGGUGACAGACUUCGAGCUUACUUUAGACCUCGCGGAGACGCUGUUCGCCGGCCCGGCGGAUAGAAGAUGUAUUCAUGUGCUAUGCGACAGUGACACUGUACUGCACGGAGACUGCUCUGUCCCUCAUAACCGGCGUCGGACCCUCUCCACCAGCGGCUAUGAAUAUAUGGCGCUCGACUCGUGCGAAGCCGGUGUCGAUCCCAAUCCUAGCCAGGCAAGAGACAGUAUGGACGACGAACUGAAGCAAUGGUGUGAUCGGUUCUGCGCGGACCCGGCAACGCUCAAAUCAUUUACCAUUCAUCGCCAUGUUUCUGACUUCGACUCCGAGGCCGAGGUUCUACGCACCCGAUUAACCGCGCAUCUCCGUGCGCUGAAGUACCGCGGCUCCCUCCAUUUUUCCACCUCGACCGCCCACUGCGCAGUGACUAUUUACUCACCACACUGGAUCAACCGACUUAGGAUCAUGGCGGCACCCGGUCCGUCGCCGUGGUGGGUUGUUGGUCUCCUGGUCCUUCUGUCGAUGAUGCUCUGGCCGAUUCUCUGGCUUCUCGAGCAACGUUACGAGGUAAUCUACGUCCAGUGGCAUCCAUCAUUCAGAGUACCCCCGCUAUCGUCCGUGGGAGAUGCCAGUUUCACGUCCGCUUCUGCUGCUCCCGGUGCUAAUCAAAAGUUGAAUGGCGGCUACGAGGCGGUUGUGGCAUUUGGGGACUUCUGGGGGCCCGCCGUUCAACAGGCGGCAUGGAAGUGGCGACAACGACAACGACAAGAGCAGGGCAUGGGGAGCGGACACAGGAGUCCGACGCUCUUAACACGGCAGGACGCUGAGUGUCUGCGAGGGUGGACUCCUUCGAGGAUUCUUCGACGCUCGCCCCGUGGACCGUGGUCCUGGCUCCCGGUCGACAGGGCGGAACCGCGAACUGUCAGUCGUAUCGAUCGCCUAGUCCGCUGCAUCUGGGAUAUGGUGGAUGAGACGGCGGUGGCCUGGCGGUUGUGGGUUGGCUGGGGAGCUCAUUCGUAAGGCGUUGUGCUCCGUUCUGGCAUGCUUGUAUCCUGCACGUAUUCCCGAUAUCUAUUCACAAACCGUCCUCAAUCUCUUGAUUCUGCUGGCAAAUCAUUGGAAAUUAAAUCCAGCAAGGACGAGGUUAUGUUAGCCCUGAGGCAGAUAUACAAAUUGAGAUCGACAAGAUUACUGGAGAUAAAAG